AAAGAACGAAAUAACGAAUCAGUCGUAGUCAUGUUUCAAUUAACAUUAUUAGUGCUAGCUGCUGUCUCUCUUGGGACUUCAGGAUACCUUAUUAAGGUUCCUACAACACCAUGGCAACCGAGAACAGUUCCAGUUCAGAAACAAGAAUGGGUGUAUUUUCAAAGACGUUUAAUGCCUUUGUUCGAAAAUGUGUGCGAAGACAGUAAUGAUUUACUGAUUACAAGUUUAAGUAAUGAUUUUGCAAAUGAUUACGGAAACGGAAAUUAUCUGAACCCAGAUGUAAUAACCACUCUCCAAAAUUAUAAGAGUUCAAAGGGAUUUUUACCUAAGGGCGAAAUAUUUACAGAAUACAACCAAGAUCAUGUAGCCGAAUUGAAAAUUAUAUUCGAAGUUCUUUAUUUUGCUAAAGAUUUUGAAACAUUUUACAAAGCAGCUGCUUGGGCGAGGCAAAACAUUAAUUGUGGCAUUUACGUCGACGCAAUUUAUCUCGCAGUCUUGAAUAGAAAAGACACCGAAAAAGUUUCGAUCCCACCUCCUUACGAAUUGCUUCCAAAUUAUUUUGUUAAUAAAGAAGCUAUUAUCAAAGGUUCAUUAUUAUUAUCAGAUGAAGAAUGGUAUAUUACUGAAAACGUUCGUGAACAAGGCAACUCGUAUAUUGUUGAUGCUGAAUACUCUAACGGUCCUUACGAAACUACUCAAGAGUCUUUAACGUACUUUAAUGAGGACGUUGGAUUAAAUACUUAUUACUAUUUAAACAAAUUAAAUUCAUUUCCAUGGCUUAAUGUUUCAUUAGGCAUUCGACCUAAAUUAGGUGAAAAUUUGUAUCAUACGUUAAAACAGCUUGCAACCAGAUACAACUUAGAAAGGUAUUCAAAUGAUCUCCCAGAACUAGAAAAUUUUGACUGGAAUAUAAAAACAAUGAUACCAUACUAUUCGACGCUGAUUUACUCCAACGGAAAAGACUUUGCCCAAAGUAAUUUAGCUGAUUUACUUGAUAGCGAAGACUUUACAUUACUUCGAAACAUUGAGGAGAAUAUUGUUACAGUUGCCUCCCAUAUGAGGGACAAAGGGUUCGCCAAAGAAGACAUUAUAAAUCACUUAAUGGACAUCUUAGUAAUAAGUAGUAAGAGCUAUCAAAAUUUGGCAUACAAGCUUCUUGGUACCGACUUUACUUCCGAACAAAGAUUACCUUCGGUGUUAGCACACUAUUUAACUACUGUAAGAGAUCCUAUGUUCUGGAAGAUUAACAAAAAAAUAGUGGAUUUAGUUGAUUGCGCUCUAAGUGUAUUACCAGGUUAUAGCAGGAACGACUUAAUCUUUCCUGGAGUAGAAAUCGUAAAUGUAGAUAUAAAAAAAAUGAUGACCUCUUUCGAAUACUUUGAAUUUGAUGCAACCGAUGCUCUCAAAACUUCGGCAAGUAAUAGCAAGUUUUUAGUUAAGAUCGGGCAGUAUAGAUUGAAUCACAAACCAUUUUCAAUAAAACUUAACAUUUCAUCUUUAGUAACACAAAAGGGAUUUGCUAAGUUAUUUAUAAGCCCUAAAGUUUUGCCUGGACAAAUGGGUCAAAUGAAAAAUCUAUUCUUUAUGCUUGAUUGUUUUGAAAUUAACCUUAAAAGAGGUAAAAAUAUGAUAACCAGGACAUCGGAUGAGAUGAAAUUAUCACCUGACUUGACAUCUUUAAAAAUUAUAAAGAAACAGUUAGAAGAUGCAGAAUUUGGAUUAAAUGCUCUCCCACUUAAAACAGUAGAAUCUCAGACAGGAUUUCCUUCGCGAUUGGUACUUCCUAAAGGCUCUGAAAAUGGUUUACCAUUCCAAAUAUUCGUCUUUAUAGCUCCAUAUAUAAAACCAGCAGUAAAUGGACGUUUUGCAAACGUAGAAUACAAUUUCGAUGCUAUGUUGAACCCAGGUUACCCACUGGAUCUUAAUAUUAAUAUGCAUCAACUACUCGAUCUUCCAAAUGCUCUUAUAAAAGAUGUUAUUAUAACACAUAAAGUUGAAAAUAAACCUGUUAAAGAAGUUGUUGAUGUACCAGAAUCGUCCAACACUUGGUCGAGUAAUGAAAUUGAACCAAUGGGACUUUUAAAAUCACCAGCUCGUCCAAGUUUUAAUGCGAAUAAACAACCUUUUGAUUACAAAUCGAAAAAGGGCCAAUAUGGUAAAAAAGAGGAUUAUUUGGCAAAAAGAACAAACUACAAGGUAGACACACAAGAUACUUCUGAAAUACCAACAUCUUAUUAUGCCGAAUCAAUUAAAAAUCAAUUCAUAGAUGAAAGCGAAGAAGACAUCAGUAAAACUUUAUAUAACAUUAAUUCUAUGGAAUCUGAUUUUUCAGAAAAACCAAAAAAUGAAGAAGAAUUUGACGAAAUUCUAAAAAAGAGCAGUGAAAUACAAAAACCACUAAGGAUUUUGAAAUUAUCAGCUCGUCCUGAUUUUACUAUGAAGAGGGAACCUUUUGAUUACAAAUCAAAACGAGGUCAAUAUGGAAAAAAAGAUGAUUAUUCAACAAAAAGAGGAAAUUAUACCAAAAAGUGGCAAGACAAUUUUAAAGAGACAUCAACUGAGAAUGUCAUUGACAUUUCAACUAAUAAAGGAGUACGUGAUCUUGAAAUAAAGGUUAAAGAAGACUUGAACACCAAUGAGAAGGAUUUCGAGAAAAUUAUCUAUACUUCAAAUGACGAUAAAAAUGUUUUUAAGAACGUAAUAAAAGAGACUGAAAAAACUGACAGUUUACAAAAUCCAACAAAAGAUUUGAAAGAAGAGUACAACGUGGAUGAUAUUAUGACCGAGCCUACUGUAGUUAUAAUUUCGAAGAAACGUAAUCCAACUGUGUACGAUUUUCUUUUUACUAAUCCAUUCGACAACUUUGAUAGUACAGAGGAGAAAGUAUAUUAUUGAGUAAUUUUAUUUAAUUAUUAUUUCUAAUAUUUGUUAUUGUUUUGUUUUAAUUAUAAAUAACGGGUUA